AGUAUCAAUGUCUACAGAGACAGAGCUAUGUUUUAUAAAGUCAUUCUUCUUCCAUAUUUCAUUAAGGUAGUUUUCCUGGAAUUUACCGAUGCACAGAAUAUCGCUAUAGACGUCCCCCGGAAGACGAUAAUCCACGGAGAGGAGGAUCUAGUAGUGGCGUGCUCACUCCUACGGUACAAUGCCCUCCUCAAGGUAGAAUACAUUCAACUCUUCAAAAACACAUCACAAGGCCAGGAAGAACUGUUGGCCACCGUAUCAGACGAGGUACAAAGCCCUUUCACCAGGUCUGGAGUCCGAAUCAGUGGCUCGCUUCGCCCCUUAUGGUCGGCAAACCUUAACUUCACCAUAGCGAGAGAAUUCGUAGAUUGUCUCGGUGAUAGUGCAGGGUAUGUUUGUUCGUUGAAAGCAACGGAUCAACUGUUUAAACCAGUCCAGCAGCUUACCGAGGCAGUGCCAGUCUAUAUUGCAGUGAAAUGCAGCACAGGAGAAGCAACUGUUUGUAAAUUUUACAAUCAGACAAACACAAAUGUGGUGGUAAUAGGCAUCACGGUUGCUAUAUUGAUAGUUGUAAUAGGAGCUGGUGUGAAUUUUGCGAUCUGGAGGAAAUACCAUAGUGUUCUGAAUAGGCAUAUAGACCAUACAGAAAGAAGACAGAGUCAGUUAGAAGAAGAAGCACAAAGACAAGAUCUUGAUUCCUCACUAAAAGGAGAGAGGCCACACUACACAGAACUGAAUGGCACGGACAAACAGGAAACAUAUGACGUCCUACAUCCGUAUCUGGAACCCAUCUCAUCACGUGACAGUAGUUAUCAUUAUGUCAAUAAUAAAUUAAAGUGA